AUGUACUAUUUACAACAGCGAUUAGCAGUCGUGCGAAAUCGAUCUUGGCGAUGGAGAACACUUUAUAACACUCCACGCCUGCGACACUCACAACCAGCCCGACCCAACAUGUCCGCCCAGGAUGACCAGGAUGAUCUCAAGCCUUCCUCCACUCCAGGCUACAAACCAGGAGCGGCAAAGACAGCUCAAGAGUAUGCGACACUAGAUGCGGAAGACGAGAGUUUGGCGCGCUGGAAAGCAUCCCUUGGCAUCGUGCCAGGGGCUGCAGUAGAGGGUAGCGGCCCCAAAGUAUCUGUUCUGACGCUGGAGUUGGAUUCUCCGACCUUGCCCCAAGGGAAGAAGAUUAUUUUCGAUUUGAAGGAUUUGAACAAACUCGCGGACACAAAGAAGAACCCUAUCUCGAUCAAGGAGGGGGUUGAAUACAAUGUCCGAAUUACUUUCAAGGUCAACCACUCGAUCAUCUCCGGAGUACGGUACAUUCAAGUCGUCAAACGGAGCGGCAUCAAAGUCGAUAAAUUGGAACAAAUGCUCGGCUCUUAUGGCCCUUCGCCUACUGGAGAAGCCUAUGCGAAGAACUUUGACCCAGAGGAAUCACCAUCCGGAAUGCUCGCUCGCACCGGAACCUACAAUGUUCGCAGCCGUGUGAUCGACGACGACGGAGAGGUGUACGCAGACUGGGAGUGGCAUUUCAAGCUUGCGAAGGAAUGGUAG